CUCCGCCCCGGCAUGUCCCGUAUAAAUUCCUCCUGCCUGGCAUCAGGUUCCUAGGGGAAAGGGCGGAGAGUUGGCCACAAAGUCUGUAACAUAUGUAACAGUAACAAGACAAGCUCGGAGUAACUGGGAAACUGGUUUUACGGAAACCUUAUAGCAGCCUAGGUCUAAUUAACAAGCCGCUGGCUAAGUUUCAACAGAGGGGAGCGGAAGGGCAGGCUGAAGUCAAGCAUGAAGGGGGAUCCGGUGCUGUCGGGAUGAGGCAAGAGCACACGAGUGUAUAAUAGCGGACUUCCAAGUGCGCACUAAAGUGUCUUCUUCCCAGCAUAGACAGCUGAGGGCCAAUGGCUGACAGGCGGACCAGAGGCAUGACCGGCUCGGACCAGAGCAGGACCACGGCGGCCCGGGCUACUGCUAUAGCCGAGCAACUGCAUCACGAGUGCUCCAUUUUACUGGAACUUUAUAAAAAGAAGGAGACCUUUUCUCCAGAUGUUGCAGUGGCUGAUGGCCGUCUGGUGUCCGUCCCUCCUCCUUCUUCCCAGCUGGACACAAGGGAUAAGCUCUGGCGGCUCCACUCAGCUCUGCUACAGUGCCGCAGCUUGCUGGAGAGAGCAAUCGCCAAAGAGGAAGAGGAGCUGGGCGGUCAUAAGAAGGGUGAGUAUGAGACCCAGAGGAAGAUGGUAAAGGAAAGGCUCUCACUUCUUUUAUUCAACACUGAAGAACUUCUCAAAGCUGUAGACGGCCAGGCGGUCCUGACACCCAGCUUGGAUGGAUUGGAGAUAGACAGCUCGACCGUGUUUGAGCUGAAGCUUUGGGUAUACCGGAUCUUCAAAGAGGUGGACUACUGGACCAAGAUGACCAUCACCACCUUGCAAGCCCUACCAUCAGUGAUAGCCAAGGACAGAGCGAGGACCUCACGAGUCAGGAGCACAAGAAGUGCCCGGAGAUGAUCUGGCGACGUGAAACUUAUGUGUAGGUGAAGAGGAAUAAUGAGAGAAAAGAGGUUAGAGGGAGAAAGGGGUGGGAGUAAAG